AUGAAAAAAACAAAUCCUCUUUGUUUAAUUUAUUGUGCAUCCCCUGGAUCAUUUUUAAAAUUAGAUCAACUGAGUUGGUUAAUCGAAACAUGUAUGAAGUCAAAAAUAUUUGUCUGCUUGGUAUGCACAAAUAAAUAUGCCGGCAAUCAAGCAGCUGUUGUUGCCGAUUUCAAAUCUAUGCUGUCAAAAUGCAGCAAUGAAACGAGAGAUGAAGAUGGUAUUAUUUACUAUGACGAUGUGGCGUUGUGCACGACGGUUAACAACAUUGAGUAUGUUGAUACAUUUCUCAAGGUCAAGCAACCUAAAGAAGGUGUUAACGAAUUAAUUUAUGGUAUUAUGGUAUCGUUGAAGCCUGAUCUAUUAGUCGGUUGGUGUUAUGCGAUCGAGGGCAAUGAUUCAUUUUGGAACUUAAUGAAACAGAAACUAACCGUGGCUUUCGGAGAGUUCAUUCGACAACAUGGUACCGACAUCGCAAAAAGCUUUUUGGAUUUUGCAUUAGCCUUUGUGAGACAUAAAUAUUUGCCUGCAGCGGCUCCAAAAUAG